CCCGGUUGGCAAGCCUGUCUUUGGAGACCUUAUCCCCAGCUGGCUUGCCCGUAAAACAAAUUUAUACACUGAGUCUGAGGGACUUAGAGCUGCUGGCCCAUCCACGGGAAGGUGGCAACUGGGGAGCGCGGUCCGGCAAUAAAAAGUACAAGAGACAAGUUUAUGAGGUGGAGAAUGUCAAUGCCUGCGUAGACGUGGUUCUGUCCGGUGUGAAGUUGUUGGAGGCGCUUGGUCUUGAACCUGGGGAUGGAAAAAAUCACGCGGUCUUGAACUCCAGGCAGGACCUGAAAGAAGCGUUCGCUCACUUCAUGGAAAAAGGGGCAGCUGCCGAGCGCUUCUUCAGCGACGCCGAGGCUUUCCAUCACAUUGCACGGACGGCCUCCAAGUCCCCCGAGGCACAGCUUUACGUAGGAGGAAAUGCUGCUCUCAUUGGUCAGAAGCUUGCAACAAAUCCAGACCUGAAGAUCCUCCUUUGUGGCCCAGUUGGUCCUAAACUCCAUGAACUACUUGAUGACAACGUGGUGGUGCCACCUGAAUCCAUGCAGGAAAGAGAUGAAUUCCAUCUUAUCUUGGAGUAUCAAGCAGGUGAAGAGUGGGGACAAGUGAGAGCACCCAGUGCCAACCGCUUCAUCUUCUCCCAUGACCUAUCAAAUGGCGCCUUAAGUAUGCUGGAAGUGUUUGUGUCCAGCUUGGAUGAAUUUCAGCCAGAUCUUGUGGUACUUUCAGGACUUCACAUGAUGGAAGGCCAGAGCAAGGAGAUGCGGCAGAGACGACUUAUGGAGGCUGUGGCCUCCAUCUCUGAUAUCCCUACUGACAUUCCUAUACACCUGGAGUUGGCCAGUAUGACUGAUCAAGAUUUUAUGAGCAACAUUAUCCAUCAGGUCUUUCCCCUGGUGAACUCCAUUGGGCUGAACGAACAGGAGCUGCUGUUCCUCACACAGUCCGCCUCUGGUCCCCACGCCUCCCUGGCUUCCUGGAGCGGAGUUCCCGACGUGGGUGUGGUCAGCGACAUCCUCUUCUGGAUCCUGAAGGAGCAUGGGAAGAUGGCGGAGCGGGCCUCUGAUCUCACACGGGUCCACUUCCACACCCUGGCCUACCAUAUCCUUGUCACAGUGGAUGGGUACUGGGGCAACCAGGUUGCUGCAGUGGCUGCCGGAGCUAGAGCAGCGGGGACUCAGGCCUGCGCAACCGAAACCAUCGAUACCAGCAAAGUCUUUCUUAAAGCUCCUUUGGAGUUUGUGACCUCCCAGAUAGAGGCCCCUGCCAAAAUCUCUUUAAAUCCAGACGAGCCAGUGGUGCAUUGGCACAGAGAAGGCAUCUCAUUCCAUUUCACUCCUGUGUUGGUGUGUAAGGAUCCUGUCCGGACCGUGGGACUUGGGGAUGCUAUUUCAGCUGAAGGACUGCUGUACUCAGAAGUAUAUCCUCAAUAG